UCCGGAAAACGUGUGUUGAGAAAAUCUAGUGCGUGUUCGUGUACACCGUGCUGAAUACAUGUGGCGUGCAAUCUGAACUACUGAGUUUAGAUACUGAAAAGUGACUCUAGAAGAGACACUUACAUUAUUACCAUUUCUGUCCAUACCACUUUGUAAGUAGGUGUCAGUCAUGGGCAGGAAAUUGGACCCCACUAAUCAGGUUAAGCGAGGACCAGGACGCAAGACCAGGAAACAGAAGGGAGCAGAGACCGAGCUGUCCAAGUUUAUAACAGACGAGGAUGAAUCUAAAAGGUUGUCUAGCCGAGGCAGAAAACGAGCUGCAAAAAGAGCUCAGACUGCCAAAGAACCCAAGACUGCCAAAGAACCCAAGACUGCCAUUACCGAAAAGAAGCCUAAAAAAGGUUUCACGGAUGCGAACAGUAAGUGGCUGACACCAGCCAAGCUUAAACGCAAAAUUGACCAGGUGGAGGAUGAAGACGACAGUGAAAGUGAAUGGGAACUAGAAGAGGAUGAGGAGGACAAAGGAAAGAAAAAGGUAGAAGGUGGUGAUGAAGACAAUGAAGAUGGCAGUGGUGAUGGUGAAAAUGACGACGACGAUGAUGAUGAUGAUCUGGUGGAUGAUUACGGGGCAGAAAGUGGUGAAGAGGAAGAUGGGGAGGAGCUGCUUCCUAUUGAGAAAGCUGCUCGUAAACAAAAGGCAUUGAAAGAAGCUUUAGAGCAGGAGAGUGAUGAUGAAGAAGACGACGAUGAUGAUGAUGAUGACGACGAUGAUGAAGAUGAGGUUGAUGAACAAAAAGAAGGCGAGAUGGAAGGCGAUGACGCAUUACAGAUCAACAUGGAUGAGAUGGACAAAUUUAUACUACCUGGAGCAGAGGAAAGACAGAAAGAAGGAAUCCUUCCUUUAGACCUGCAGACCAUACACCAGAGGAUAAAGGAUAAUGUCGACGUUCUCACCCACUUUGCCGAAAAGAGGGAGGAGGGGAAGGAGAGGUCAGAAUACCUCACCCUGCUGAAGUCCGACCUCUGCAUAUACUACAGCUAUAAUGACUACCUUAUGGGCAAACUCAUGGACCUCUUCCCCUUGUCUGAACUGGUUGACUUCCUCGAGGCCAACGAAAUCCAUCGACCUGUCACCAUUAGAACCAACACACUGAAGACGAGGAGAAGGGACUUGGCUCAGGCUCUCAUCAACAGAGGGGUGAAUCUGGACCCACUGGGAAAAUGGUCAAAAGUGGGCUUGGUCAUUUUCGACUCCUCUGUCCCCAUUGGUGCAACUCCUGAGUACCUGGCAGGGCAUUACAUGCUUCAGGGAGCGUCCUCUCUCCUACCUGUCAUGGCACUCUCUCCCCAGGAGGGGGAGUCUAUCCUCGACAUGAGUGCUGCUCCUGGAGGCAAAACCACAUAUAUGGCCCAGCUAAUGAAAAACACAGGAAUCAUCGUGGCUAAUGAUGCGAAUGCAGGCCGAUUGAAGAGUGUGGUGGGAAACAUGCACCGGCUGGGCGUCACAAACGCCAUCAUCUGCAAUUACGAUGGCAGGCAGUUCCCUAAGGUAAUGGGAGGAUUUGACAGGGUGUUGCUGGACGCCCCGUGUGCUGGUACUGGGGUCAUCUCCAAAGACCCUUCAGUGAAGACCAAUAAGGACGAUGCAGACAUCCUGCGCUCUGCGCAUCUGCAGAAGGAGCUCCUCCUGUCUGCCAUCGACUCUGUGAACGCAGAAUCUCAGACGGGCGGUUACCUGGUCUACUGCACCUGCUCCAUCACGGUGGAGGAGAAUGAGUGGGUGGUGGACUACGCUCUGAAGAAGAGACACGUGAGACUGGUAAAGACCGGCCUGGACUUCGGCAAAGAAGGUUUCACCAGAUUUAAAGAGCGACGCUUCCACCAGUCAUUGAACCUCACACGGCGCUUUUACCCUCACCUGCACAACAUGGAUGGCUUCUUCGUGGCCAAGUUCAAGAAGAUCUCCAACACCAUUCCAACUGCCACUACAGAGGAAGAGGCUGAGCCUGCUGAGGAGGAGGUGUCUGUGCCAGCUGAGGAGGGCUCUGCAGGGGAAGACGACAAAGAGAAGCCCAGCAAACCUCAAAAGGGGAAGCCCAAGUCAGUCAAGCCGUCAGCCAAGCCUCAGAAACCCCCACAAAGUAAAGGCCAACCAGGCAAAGCUAAUGGCAAAGCUAAUGUCAAGGCUAACGGCAAAGCUAACGGCGUGGCAGCGAAACCAGCUGAUGGAAAGAAACUGGGCUCUCUGAAGAAGAAAGACAACGCGAGUGGACCCAAAAAAGCUAAAAUAGCCAAGGUCGACAGAGAGGUUGUGAAGAAAGGUGACGAGGUCACAAAGGAGAAGGUUAACCAGGAGGGUGGCGUGACCAAGAGCGAGCCAGGGGUUGAGAAAAAAGAUGGCAGCAGAUUUGAAAAGAAGAGCAUGAAAAAGAAGCAUAAAAAUCCCGUAAAGAAGAACAGAAUAGGGAAAAAUAAAUUUAAGAAGCUGAAGAAACUGAUCACUCAAGAGGAUACCAUGCUGUAAAGCAAGGCCGUAGACUGAUGGUUUGAAAGAGCUGGUGCAAAUCCUGGCCUGGUUUGGCAUUUGGGUCUGUUAUGGUUGUAGUCAGUUUGAGUGGAGCCAGACUGAACUAAGAUCUUCUGUGGCUGGGACUCACUGAAACCUGUUCACUGUCAGUCCCUCCGUACCUUCUCCUUGUGACCUUUAAGGACUGCCAAUGGACUUAUGUGAUCAACAAGUUACAACUGUGUGAAUCCCUCCACAGUGGAACAUUUUCUUAUUAAUAUGUUUAUUUUUUAAUAUCUUUUUCCCUGGAAUAUGAGUGUUAUGUAUGGAUCUGUAAUAUCAGAAUUAUACAGUGAGUUAAUAAACUCAGUGGUCCUAA